GUGCCGGCGCCGUGGCGUGCCAUGUCGCAAUGCCGCCACUGGCCACAUUUGGCAUUCCACCGCCAUCACCAGGCUUUCCGCCGCUUCACUACGGAUUUCCGAGGUGCUCAUGGACCUGGAAGACCUGGAAGACCUGGAGCCACUUAAAUGGACGCAGCUCUGUGCGCCGUGUGCGCUGUGUGCUGCGACGGGCAGAAGCAGAUGAUCGUUUGGUGCUGGUGGCGGUUGUAGCAAUCUUGUGGAAUGUUUUGGUCAUCACUUUAGCCCUUCUGGCAGAGAUCGGAGACACUGAACGCCGUGAACGAGGUGCCUCCUUUCGGUCGUUGAAGAAGAGGACCUGGGGGCUCCAGAGCCUGCAGCAGGCGGAUGGCCCCAUUCCGCGGCUCAUCCCUUCUCUGGAGGAACUGGGGUGGGUCGGGGAGAAGGAGACCUCCAGCACUUGGUCCCCCUCCAAAGACGACCUUGACGAAGGGAUUCUGCGCAGUGAAGGCUUUCAGUCGAGCUUCGCCGUUUCCGAGCUGACCAACCCGCCCAAAGCGGCGUCCAAUAGUAAGGACUUGGUUGUGUUCGGUUCCUUUUUUCCACGGCAGGCGCAGGCACAGCUAGCUCUGCUAGCUCUGCGAGUCACUUGGAGCUUAUUGCAGCGUUUCCUUUCCAAUGAAGAGGAGCGGCGAUUCGCUCGCAAAGCGGUGCUGUUCUUGGCCACCGCUUCGGCGGACGCGCAGGAGGAGAAGUUCUGGAAGCACAAGGCGGCAUUGCUGCUGACUCUGGCGCGUUUAGGCGCGGACCGCGGAACUUUGUUGGCGGCUCUGCUGGAUGGUGACAACGAUGCUGCACGACAGGAUGCCCUGACUCCGCUCCUUAUGGACAGCUUGGGGAUUGAAGUGGGCUAUCUACUGGAUGAACGUCAGGCUGGUGAUCCUGGAGAAAAGCAUCACAUCGGAUCAUCACGUUGUUAA